CAAAUUAAAAAAAUCAACAAAUACCAAUAAUGUCUAGCAAAACGACACUUGCUAUACAGUGAUGUUAACAGCCUCUUAAAAUUCUAAAAGAGCACGAUGAAUUAAUGGCCAAAAUGUGCUCACACCUCUCUAUCUCUCUAUAUAUAUGCCUCGGACCAUCUUCGUUUCCUUCAAACAUAACAGACCGAAGAAUAGAAGACAAUAACUUCUGUUCAAUUGUAACCACAUGGAUAACUUCUCUACCUCGACCAAUAUUUCCUUUCCAUUUCAUCAGCUGCCUUAUUGGAGCAGCUCACAUGAUUUUGCCAUCUCUAUAUUACUUAGUUCAUUUCAUUCAGCACUUGUUCUAGUGCUUCUCUUUGCACCGCUUGUCUUUGCCAAAUUGAAAGGGAGUACUAGAAAUGAUGAGGAGAGCAACCAAGCACCUCUCCCUCCAGGGCCAACUCCAUGGCCAGUCAUUGGAAACCUUCCAGAAAUAUGGAAAAACAAGCCAGUCUUCAGGUGGAUUCAUGGCCUCAUGAAACAACUUGAUACCGAUAUUGCUUGUAUCCGCCUGGGAAACAUUCAUGUCAUUCCAGUCACUUCACCUGAAAUUGCUAGAGAAUUCUUGAAGAAGCAUGAUUCAGUUUUCGCAUCCAGGCCUAUUACAAUGGCAACUGAGUAUGCUUCUCAAGGUUUCUUGUCAACUGCUUUGGUGCCAUGGGGAGAUCAAUGGAAGAAAAUGAGAAAAGUGCUUGCUUCGAACAUAAUUAGUCCAGCAAGACUUAGCUGGUUACUCCAUAAGAGAACCCAAGAAGCUGAUAAUCUUGUCAGGUUCAUUUACAACCAAUGCAUCAACAGUGAAAAUGAUAGUAUUUCCAAUGGCUCUGUUAUAAACCUGAGACUUGCAGUCAGGCAAUAUACUGGAAAUGUUAUCAGGAGGAUGAUGUUCAACAAAAGAUACUUUGGAAAAGGUAAAGCAGAUGGAGGACCUGGAUAUGAAGAAGAAGAACACGUCGAGUCUCUCUUUACAGUUCUCAAGCACCUUUACUCUUUCAUCCUAUCAGAUUAUGUACCUUGGCUGAGACCAUUAGAUUUGGAGGGUCAUGAAAAGAUUGUAAGUGAGGCUAUGAAAAUUGUCAAUGGCUACCAUGAUUCCAUCAUUGAUGAGAGAGUACAACAGUGGAGAGAAGGGAAGAAGAACGAGCCUGACGACCUGCUUGAUGCCUUCAUCUUAGCAAAGGAUUCAAAUGGGAAGCCAACACUUUCAGUUGAAGAGAUCAAAGCCCAAUGCACGGAACUAAUGCUUGCAACAAUAGAUAAUCCCGCUAAUGCAGCAGAAUGGGCAAUGGCAGAGAUGCUGAACAAACCUGAAAUUCUUCAAAAGGCCAGCGAGGAAAUAGACAAUGUUGUUGGAAAGGACAGAUUGGUUCAAGAGGCUGACAUUCCAAAACUCAACUACGUGAAGGCUUGUGCAAGGGAAGCUUUUCGGCUUCACCCCAUUGCACCAUUCAACAUUCCCCAUGUCUCAAACGCCGAUGCCACUGUUGCCGGCUACUUCAUCCCUAAAGGCAGUCAUGUCCUGCUUAGCCGAACAGGCCUAGGCCGGAACCCGAAAAUUUGGGAUGAACCAUUGGAGUUCAAACCUGAGCGGCAUUUGAAGGAUGGUUGUGGUAGUAAAGUUGAUCUGACAGAGACAGAACUGAGGUUCAUUUCGUUUAGUACUGGAAGGCGAGGGUGCAUGGGAGUGGCUCUUGGGUCUGAAAUGACAAUAAUGCUGUUUGCCAGGCUGAUUCAAGGUUUCACAUGGAACGUACCUCCUAAUGAAUCGAAAAUUGACCUCUCUGAAUCUGAAGAUGAUCUUUUCUUGGCGAAACCAUUGCAUGCACUUGCUAAACCUCGCUUGCCUGCUGCACUAUAUACUCAGCUUUAG